GUUGUAUACAUCGUGGGGAAAGGGUCGCGUUUUGUGCGAAGAAGAUUUCCUGGAUUUCAACACUAUUUAAGCCUCCUUGUCGAUCUUCGUGGGGGGUUCUGAUUGGCUUGCAUGGAGUGUCUGUUGCUACUUCAGUGCCGCGUGGUCUUAUCACUCCAUGGUACACAGGGAGGAAGAGACGGCCAACUGUGAGGAAUGUUUAUGAUGACAAGAAGCUAAACUAAAGAUCAAGGAAGAUGAAGGGACUAACAGUCGACCAGAUCAGCGCAGAUCGCGUGACUUUCCUAGCACAGCAGUACUGGUCACCAGAUACCAAGGAUUCACAUCUACCGUAUGACCCACAAGUAAUUCAGGACGUCUACCAGAGUGAAGUGAAAGCAACAGACUUUGAAACAAGACGAAUUGUUGUCCUGGAGUUGAGCCAAUACCUGGAGAAUUAUGUGUGGCCAAACUACUCAGAAAAUGCCUCACCCGCUCACCUCAUGUCAGUAGUUGUCCUGGUCAACGAGAAAUUCCGAGAACGUGUUCCUGCGUGGGACUCCUUUGUCAAGCACCCUGAGCCUUUUCCAAAUUUCCUGAGGCAUUUGAUGAAAGCCUGCUUGGAUACCACCAGGAAAUUCACACAGAAGGAGCAGACUCACAUGAUUGUGUUCUUGAAUCAUCUCUAUAAUAGUAUUGAAACUGAUCUUAUAAGAAAUGGAAUCAGCCACACCGUUUCAUAUAACAUAUUGGAAUGCCUGUCAGAGGGUCAGCUACAGACGGUGCUAAAGGAAUUUCCUAAUUGGGCCAAGGCUUUGAAAAGAACAGCAAGACACAGGAAGAAGCUCAAAGAAGAUGAACUGGAAAACUUCAACUUUGAUACAAAAUUUCUCUACAGUUUGAUGCAACAAUUCAUGCAGAAGUUAUCCACAAUUCCAGCCGAUGAGAAUGUGGGUGUAGCACAGGAUGUUGUCCAUUAUUGUGAGCGAUUUCUUGAACUCAUGAUUGAUUUGGAGUCUCAGCUGCCAACUAGGAGGUUCUUCAAUACACUGCUGCAUUCUUGUAACCUUAUAGUUAGAUGUCAGUUGUCAACACUUGCUGCCAGAGAGGAGGGCAAGUUGUUUGCUCAGCUGCUUUACAUUCUGAAAGUAUAUGCACAGUUUGAGAUCAAUGAUAACACUGGCCAACCACUCUCAGAUUUAGAUGUUAUGAAAAUCCAUUAUGAUCAAGUGAAAGUUCUGCAGAGCAUUGCUUUCAAGAACUUUGAAGACCUCACACAGUUUAGCUUUUCCAGUAUUGCUUCAGUAGAUGAUACUGCCACACUCAGGCAGCAUGUAGAACAGUUGGAAGAUGCAGAUUUGCAGAGACUGUGCCACUUGUUGCAUUUACUCCCAGAAGCUGAUAGCAAUGAGAGUGACAGGAAGUUCCUAGUUGAAAUAAUCCUGUGGAAGUACCAGCGUCGCAUAUCACAGCUUGAAUCUAUUAAUAGAAUGCCUCUGUAUCCAACAGAACAGAUUAUUUGGGAUGACAACAUAGUUCCUUCUGAGUACUUCUCUGGUGAUGCUUGCUUGGCACUACCAAAACUGAAUCUCCAGUUUCUCACCCUGCAUGACUAUUUGCUCAGAAACUUUGAUUUGUUCAGAUUAGAGUCAACUUAUGAGAUUCGCCAAGAUAUUGAAGAUGUUCUGAUGAGACUCAACCCAUGGGCAGCUGAAGAUGGAUCUACUUUGUUCCGCGGCUGGGCUCGCAUGGCACAACCGAUUCAGAACUUUGCUGUCUGUGAAGUAGCCAAGCCAAACGUGGGUGAAGAUAAACCAUCAAGGGUCAGGGCAGACAUUACAGUCAACUUGAAUGUCAGGAGAGAAAUAAAGAAUGAAUGGGAAGCCCUUAGAAAGCAUGACGUUUGCCUCCUGCUUUCUGUAAGGCUCCCAAAAUUGUACCCAAACCCUGAGGGAAGCUUUCCGGAAGAGUGGGGCGUUAGGUAUGUCCGAGGCUGUGAGGUGGAAGGCAUGUUGGAUGAAAAUGGCCGUGUUAUAGAAGAAGGACCGGAGCCAAAGCCAGAGCUAAAGGGAGAUACAAGGACCUUCCGAGUUUGGCUUGACUGCAACCAGUACAAAAUUGACAUGGACAACAUCAAAACUGGCAACAACAGUGAAGAUGUGUAUGAAACUUUCAAUGUCCUUAUGAGAAGGAAGCCAAAGGAGAACAACUUCAAAGCUGUCCUAGAAACAAUUCGUGACUUGAUGAAUACCAAGUGUGUUGUGCCAGAUUGGCUGUUGGACAUUAUUUUAGGCUAUGGCGAUCCUGGUGCUGCCCAUUACUCACAGAGAGAAAAUGCUCUGGCCACUCUAGAUUUUAAUGAUACCUUCCUUGAAUUUGAGCAUUUGAGAAAGAGUUUUCCAAGAUACACCAUAAAUCAUAAUCCUAAGGCAAGUAGAGACCCACCAUUUAAGUUAGCUUUUGAAGACCAGAAGUCAACUAAACGGGCAGUUGAAGGUGAAGAUACAAAAGUUUCUAAGAUUAUCAGCGUGGAACCGUAUGUCAUACCAAGUCGUGGUCCAUAUCCAUACACUGUGCCCCGUAAGAAUCGUGUGCAGUUCACUCCCACUCAGGUUGAAGCCAUUAGGUCUGGUAUGCAACCUGGCCUGACAAUGGUGGUAGGUCCUCCAGGUACAGGAAAGACAGAUGUUGCUGUACAAAUCAUCUCUAAUAUUUAUCACAACAACCCAGCUGAACGCACACUUGUUGUUACGCAUUCAAACCAGGCUCUUAACCAACUUUUUGAGAAGAUCAUUGCCCUAGAUGUGGAUGAGAGGCAUCUGCUUCGUCUUGGGCAUGGAGAAGAGGCCCUUGAGACUGAAAAGGACUUCAGUAGGUAUGGCCGUGUAAACUAUGUCUUGAGCAAAAGGUUGGAGUUACUUGAUGAAGUCACUCGUCUGAAGGAGUCCCUGGGAGUGGCUGGGGAGAUGGGGGCUUCCUGUGAGACUGCAGGAUACUUCUUCCUGCAACAUGUCCUAGCACGCUGGGAGCGUUACCUAAGCCAGGUCACAGCCACUCCUGGAAAGGCUGUCAAUAUCCAUCAAGUCAGUGAACUGUUUCCUUUCCAUGUCUUCUUUAGCAAUGCACCACAGCCACUAUUUAAACAGAAGAGUUAUGAAGAGGACAUGGAAAUUGCUGAGGGGUGCUUUAGGUAUUUAGAAAACAUUUUCACUCAGUUGAAAGAGUUUAGAGCUUUUGAGAUGCUGAGAAGUGGAUUAGAUCGUACAAGAUAUCUGUUGGUUAAGGAGGCAAAGAUCAUUGCUAUGACCUGUACACACGCUGCUCUGAAGCGCCGUGAACUGGUAGACUUAGGAUUCCAAUUUGACAAUAUUCUGAUGGAAGAAAGUGCACAAAUUCUUGAGAUUGAAACUUUCAUUCCUUUAUUACUACAAAAUCCAGAAGAUGGGCGAAAUCGUCUGAAGCGCUGGGUGAUGAUUGGAGAUCACCACCAGCUUCCCCCUGUAAUCAAGAACAUGGCCUUCCAAAAGUACAGCAAUUGUGAACAGAGCUUGUUCACUCGUUUUGUGAGACUAGGUGUCCCAACUGUUCAGCUAGAUGCCCAGGGUCGAGCUCGUCCAUCUAUUUGUGCCUUAUAUAACUGGAGAUACAAAAACUUGGGAGAUUUGCCUCAUGUCACCUCCUGGCCAGAAUUCCGUACAGCUAAUGCUGGCAUGUGGUAUGAGUAUCAGCUGAUUAAUGUGGAAGACCUUGAAGUAAGAACACGUGCUGUGGGCCAUCUGAGGGAUGUGAGGCGUUUGGUUGUGGCAAUGUCAAGAGCUAGACUUGGCCUCUACAUAUUUGCCCGUGUCUCUCUCUUCAAGAACUGCUACGAACUGCAGCCAGCUUUCUCCUUGCUCACAAAGAGGCCCCUGCAGUUGCAGCUGGCCCCUUGGGAGAACGUCCCUACGGAAAGACCAUACACACAGCCACCAAAUGGAGAAGCUGUGGUUGUGAAAGAUGUAAUUCACAUGAGCAGUGUGGUUCAUCAGCUCUACUCCGAUGUGUGUGCCACCAUCAACUCCAUUGUGAGUCUGCAGGCAGGUCCUGGCGCCAUGAUGACACAUGAGCUGCCGCCAGACACAGGUGCUCGCUAUGACUCUGAUGAGGAAACGCCAGCGGAAGAGGAAGCGCAGGCUGACACUCUCAUUGUUAACGAGGUGGAAAGCAAGUAA